GCAGACAGAUCCAGUUGUGUGUAGUGUGCACUCUUCGCUAUUCGGUUUUCAGAGGCCACACUCUCCUCACUCAACACUAUAGUUGUGAUCCAGUGAUCCUUGAUUAUAUUUUUUUUUGUGAGUUUCCCCCUCGCGCUGUAACACUCUCACAUGCCACCACCACCACACCACUACGAGAGCUCCCGUUCGAGACACAGACGGCAGAAGCGUUUCGCGUAAAAUUGAGCCACAAGGUAUAGUGUGUAUUUGAGACUUCGUGGAUCUGCGGAAUCGAGUUGGAGAAGUAGCUGCAGGAGAGAUAGCACACAGCAACAUACAUUCUUCAAAGGCGCGGACAUUCCUGCCGUCGGCUGUGCGUGCAUUUCAGCCUUCCUCCUGGUAUCCAAAAGAAUCCAACAUGCACCGAAAACAUGGUUUCUGACCGAGAAUAGAGAGUGGACUCUCCUCGAUGCGUCUCGUGGUCAGUUCUUUUUUCGGUUUGAAUGACUGUUUUUCUUUCGUUUUUAUCGCUCCACGGCCUAGAGUUCGAAUCCAAUCGACGAGGGGUAAAGAAAGUCGAAAAAAGCAAAGCGCUCGUUUAUAAAAUGGCGUCAACGGAGUAUUUUCUUGCCGACGCUUGCUGAAGUGAUACCCGUGUUUCCGCCAGCGCCAGGAAAAACGCAAAGUGAGAUUCGCGCGUGUAGUAAACAAAACGUUAUCACAACAGCAGCAGCAGCAGAACUCAAUUCUGUCGAUUGCGUGAAAGUGCUGCUUGUGCGACGGCGGCGGCGGAUGCUUUGGCUGUUUGUGAGGGACAUGUGUAUGGGUGUGCGGAUGCGUCCUACGGAUGUGUAGGCGUAUGAAUCGAUUUUUCUGUGUAACGCAAACAGAAGGAAGCAAGGAGGGAAAAAAACAUUGCGAGGGAGUGCAAAGUGAUCAAAGAAUGUCAUCUUCCUGUUAUUAUAAAGUGCCACAUAGUUGUCACUCGGGCCGGCGAGAUAGCCAUCAUUACCACAUAAGAUAAAAAAGUGAAACUUAUUAGUGCAGAGCAUAUCCAGAGCGCGUUAAAAGGCGCGUAGAGUGUUAUAUUGUUACUGGCGCAACUGAUAACAAACGUGCGAUAAGAAGCGUGUCAAACAAUCAAAAUGUGUGCGGCACAAACGAAUCCGCCCACCAGCUUCAACUAUACGUGGGGCUUCGCGGACAAUUCCCGCACCGAGUCGGUAGUGGAGAUUGGCCCCAACAUCAAUUACACCGUGAGCGAUGCGACGAUGCCAUACUUGCAGCUGCCGGACGGUGCUAGCAUAAUAGUGCAGAAGGAUGCUAAGGGUACAAUCACGCACGCCUCCAACAAGGGUGCGGUCCGGCGGAUGAUCGUGGUCAACGAUCCGUCCGCGUUACAGCAAGGCACAACACAGCGCAUUAUCACCACCAGUGGAACUACAGCCACCGUUACCACUGGCCAUCCGGCAGUUAAGAAGCACGAAGUUAUAAACCAAUCUAAUUCCGCCUUAGCGAACGGAAUCAUUGAUUCGAAGACGAAAACAAUCCUUACCACGUCGGGAGGGGCUGGUGGAGGCGCUACCGCAUUCAUGUCCCCGCUUGGACCAAUCCAGCUGACCGCCGAGGAAUGCAACGAUAUCCUGAUGAAGCGAGCGGCGGCGGCCGUAGCGGCGAACAAUCAGCACGCCAUCACAACCAACACCGAUGGACACCAUGCAGCAAUUGCCGUCCAGGUGCAGAAAGUUAUCCAAGGUCUUGAGGACGGGGAAGAUUCACAGGCCACCACAUCCACACACCAGUUGAAGAUUGAACCGAAUCUAAGCAUUUCCCCGAAACUGGAAGCCGUUGAAAUUGAUUAUAAUGAGUAUGUUCAACAAGAAUCGGACACACCAACACCAAACGUAGUACCUAAGGAGCGUCCCUAUUCAUGUGAUCAGUGUGGAAAAUCUUUCCUGCUGAAGCACCAUCUCACAACCCAUGCUCGGGUUCACACUGGUGAACGACCACACGUGUGUGUCCAUUGCGGCAAAGAUUUCGCUCACAAGCAUUGCCUGAACACCCAUCUGUUGCUGCAUUCGACGGAUCGUCCCUACCAGUGCCAGGAGUGUAAAAAGAGUUUUACCUUGAAGCAUCAUUUGCUGACGCACUCACGCGUCCACAGCCGAGAGCGACCCUUCGUGUGUCAGGAGUGUGGUCGAUCUUUCCCACUGAAACGCCAUUUGGUGACCCACAGUAAGUUCCACGCCGGAGAGCGCCCCUAUGUGUGCGAAGAUUGCGGGGAAAGCUUCGCUCAAAAGGAACAUCUAGUUAUGCACUCGCGAUUCCACGGAUCGGUCAACCCGUUCGUAUGUCCAGACUGUGGUGCAACGUUCCCACGUAAGUUCCAACUGGUAAACCACGGAAAGCUUCACGGACGGAUUCCGCACUCGUGUACGCUGUGUGGAAAAGAAUUCUUACAAAAACGAACCCUUGCCGCUCACAUGAGAAUCCACACUGGCGACCAACCUUUCCCGUGUAUUGCUUGUGGCGAAGGAUUCCGGACCAAAUCCGAACUAAACGCCCACAAUCGAUUAACCCACGGAGGAGUUAAUCCCAAUUCGUCGAACACCACCAUCAUUACGACAAACACAGUGGUAACGAGCAAUGCUCAACAACAGGCCCAAGCACAGCAGCAACAGCAGCAGCAUCAUCAACACCAGCAGCAACAAGCUCAACAACAAGCACAGGCUCAGGCACAAGCUCAACAACAGCAGCAACAACAGCAGCAGCAGCACAUUGAAGUUCAACAGAUUCAACACCACCAAGGACAGCAGACAGUACAGGAUGUUAACACGGGCAACAUCAUCACCACGAUUGCCACUGGCCAGAGCUCACCGGAAACUUCUCCCCGGCCUCAGUAUGCCUGUCGCGAGUGUGGAAGUGCUUUCAAUAGUCGCGAGGCACUCGCGCUCCAUCUGCGUUUGCAUACCGGCGAUAAGAGCUUGAUGACAGAUCUUUGUGCAUUGACCGCAGCUAUUCCCGGCCAUCUGUUCCCAGCCGUCAAUCAAGAAUAUUCAUUAAUAGGAGGUGGCACUACUGUAGUUACCACAAAUCCUGUAAUGUCAUCAUCUCCCGUUCCAGUACAAAUUAUCACCUCCUCUGGUCAGGUGGUGCAGCAAACGAUCCAACCACAGAGUCCGCCUCACCAGCAGACCCAGGUACAACAGCACCAACAAGCACAACAGGUCCAGGCCCAGGCAACCCACCAGCAGCAGGUGCAGGUUGUCCAACAGCCCACCCAGGUGGCCCAGCAGGUACAGCACCAGCAGACGGUGGUAGUAGCUCAGGCGAAACCAAAAUCCCAUUACUGCGGUCACUGUGGUAAAGGGUUCGCUGCCAAGCACGGGCUUCUGCUGCACAACCGACGCCACCCCAAUGGGGGCUGUACGGUUCGCACACAUGUGUGCGAAUGUGGUAAAGCGUUUUUCCAGAAGAAUCAUCUCAUGCUGCACCAGCGGCAGCAUCUGGAACAGAACCAACGCACCGGUCAGGGACAAGCGCAGGCGCAACAGGCACAACCCCAACAACAGCUCGUCGUUAUUCAACAGACAAAUCAGGACGCGCUGGUUCAGCAGCAACAGCAGCAGCAGCAGCAGGCACAACAGCAAGCCCAGCAGCAGGCAGCUCAACAGCAGCAGGCUGCCCAGCAGCAGCAUCAACUGCAGCAGCAAGCACAGCAGCAGGCACAGCAAGCCGCCCAACAGCAAGCCCAACAACAGCAGCAGCAGCAGAACCAGCAGGCCCAGAAUAACCAGCAGCACGCGAUGCGUAACCUGGUUAUUGCUAACCAGCCUGUGCAGGUACAAUAUGUCCAAGUACUCGAGAGUAACACCGCCCAGGUCAUCAAGUAUGAAAUUAUCCACGACUCGUCCCGGCAGUCGAACGUCGAGUGAGAGGAGGCUAUGCUCCGUAUAACCAAACCGGAUGGUACGGAGGAAAUGAAGAAAGUAUUCAUACUGAAGAAUGAGGUGGGAUGAAAUUUGUUGAGCACCGCUGCUACUGCUGCCGCUGCGGCUAAUCCUAGUAUCAACGGUGCAGCAUCAUCACUAGUAGCAUCGACGGCAGCUGCGAUUACGGGUCAAACUCCUCAACCGCUGGCAAUUGCCGCCACUGCAGCAAACAGCACAACAAGCGGGGGUGGUUUCAUUAUCAACCAUCCGUCUGGCACGAUUGUAGCACCACCCCCACCCCCACAACAGCAGCAGCAGCAGCACACCCAAC